CGUCCCUCUUUGUCCGGUGGCGAGAGAGCAGGCCACGGCAAAUUAUGGCACAAUUCGCGUUUCCCCCCCACUAAUUCGAGUUAAAUGUUGGACCAGCGAGCAUACGCCGUGCGAGCGAGGACCGGUUUGCCGGCCGUGACCCGCCGCGGAGUUUGAAUAUUAAACAGAACGAGCGGCGUGAGCAACGGAGAAAGGGUACAGUUUUUUUUUUUUUUUUUGUGGCUUCCCCAAGAUGGCUAGCUGUUAGCUCGCGAGCUAAAACAGUAAAACGGCAUUUGCCACUCCCCAAAAGCAUGAAACUGUUGAUUGUUUUAUUGUUUUCUUAUUUUUUUUUAGUGAUGUGAUAAGCGACUUUCUGUCAUAAGUCACAAUUACGGGUGUUGAAUUGGGAAUUUGUGACAUAAGAAACGCGGCUACGAGCGAACCACUUUGGGGUAACGUGGCUAGGUAGCCACCUAGCACAUCUGUAAAUGAUCAUUUUUAGACAGGGGACGUUGGGACAAUCUAAUUCAGUUUAACUGGAAUUCAGACAGUACAAGGGUUUAGCUUGGCAACAAGCACUCCUCUUUUUUUUUUAUUUUUAUAUAUAGAUAUAUUUUUUAAUACCUGGCGUAGAUUUGGAGUCCAAAUCCCGGCGUGACAGACCUGGCCCAGUCACCCAACUAGAACCCGUGUGUCGUUGCGACAUGUCCCCGAGGUGGUAGACGUCGUCCUCGCCGCCACCGCGGUCAUUUUUAACCCCUUUUUCUCUUGCAUAUGAACGGUGACACGCCACCUCACCGGCAGUAGUGUUAGCUAAAUGGCUGCCGAAUCGGGGAGACUACUGGCGGGACAUGGAAAACGAGGCAAAGCCUCACAAAUGAAGAGUCCAGAGAAGAAGAAGGCGAGGAAGUCCACGUCACAGGCGGCGGGGUUCUCGCACCUCACAGAGUUUGCACCCCCUCCCACGCCCAUGGUGGACCACCUGGUGGCCUCCAACCCUUUUGACGAUGAUUUCGGCCCGCCAUCUCGACCCAGUGGAGGGGGCGCGCCAGGCAGCGCCCCGUUCCUUCCCAGUCCAGGCGGAGGGAGCGGCUAUGGCGGCACGGGCCGAAUGGGCGGCGGCGGCGGCAUGGGUUUCAUGGGGGGACCGGGCGCGGGGCAGCCUGGACCAGGACGCAGACCGCCGUUUGGACCGCCGUCCAACGCUGGACCACCGCACCACCAGCUGGGUUUUGGGGGGAUGCCAGGCUUUGGAGGAGGGGGCGGGAGCGGCGGUGGGGGAGGAGGUGGAGGCGGUGGGUUCCCUCCCGGGGGCCCGUCUCAGUUCAAUAUACCACCAAACUUUAGUCCCCCCAUGCACCCUGGGUCAGGGUUUAACCCCAUGUUGUCUCCAGGCGGUAUGGGAGGUCCUGGCGGAGGGGGUCCACCCCACCCUCGAUUUGGCAUGCCCCCACAACAGCAACAUGGACAAGGUGGGCACCCGUUCAACAGCCCUCCGUUACCUGGAGGAGGCGGCCCUAGAGGGCCCCCGCAUGGCCCCAUGCCUCCCAUGGGUGGCAUGGGGCCUGGCCAGGGGAUGAACAUGAUGAGUGGGAUGGGUGGUGGUCCCGGAGGCAACAUGUUGGGGGGCUUACCAGGUAUGCCUCCUCAAGGACAAUUCCCCCCCUCACAGGAUGGCCCCUAUCCUGGUCCCAGCCCACCGGGACCCGGCAAUGAGGAUGGAAAGAACUUUGGGGGAGGAGGACCUCCGUCUGGGCCUCAACAGCAGCUUAAUUUAAACCCCAACGGGCCCCCUCCUCCUAAUAACACCACCCCCGGCCCUCCUCCUAACUCUGGUCCAUCACAGCCUGGAGGAGACUUCCCCGGCCACCCUGACAUGCAACAGUCUAAUGCCAACACACCUGGCCAGCCGCCCUCGGCGCAGCCCCAGCCCAAUCCCAACUCCUCCCCCAGCGGCCCCCUGAAUGGGUCAGGUCAGCCCCAGCACCCGACCCCCAACAAUGCCAACACCCCCAACUCGAACAACUCCGCCCAGCAGCAGCAACAGUCCACUCCGCCCAACUCUGCCCCAGGCUCUGUCUCUCACAACCAGCAGAACAACACCCCCGGUACCGGCGGUACCAUGCCCAACGCGGCCCCCAAUUCGGGUCAGAACAACAUGAGCAACAACAACAACGGAGGCAACACACCUAGUAACAACCCCAACCCGCCCUCCAACUCCACCUCCACCCCCAACACCCAGUCCCCCUUACCCCCGGGCCCGUCCGCCCCCUCGAGCGGGCCCGGCUCCGGUCCGGGGAAGCUAGGCGGCCCCGGCAUGGUGUUCCCCUGCGGCCUGUGUAUGUCUGAGGUGCACGACGACCAGGAUGCCAUCCUGUGCGAGGCUUCGUGCCAGCGCUGGUUCCACCGUGACUGCACGGGCUUGACUGAACCCGCCUAUGGACUGCUGACCCGGGAGAGUGCCGCCGUGUGGGCCUGUGACUUCUGCAUCAAGACCAAGGACAUCCAGGCUGUUUUUGUGCGCCAGGGACUGGGCCAGCUGGUGGCCGUCAACGAGAGCUGAGGAUUCCGGGGAAGAAUUAAAAAAACACUUGACGAGCCCUUUACUCGUUCACUACAUAACCAUCACUUGACAUCCUUGCUUAUAUGUAAAAAUAGCACUUUGAGUGAAAUAAACACCCCUCCAAUACCACCACCACAGAAGAAGAAACAAUUAUGAAUGUUAACUGACACACACCUUUUCGGACAACCAGCACUGACACCAACACACUACCUCACACAUACUGACUGGCACACAAGCUCCCGCACUGAUUUAUAAUUGUUGACCACCCCACCACACAAUAAAAAUGUAUACAAAGUUCAGUUUGAGUCGCCCUAGAAUCCCCCUGCCCCCCACAUGUAUUUAUUGUUAACGUCACACAAAGAGUGCCUGAACUUGUCAAGGGUCUUUUUAAUCAUUAUGUGGUCGUCAGGACAUUAAACAAUCGCUGUACCCUCGUUACGUUGAAUCCAAAGCAGAAGCAGCGGGGCUUACGAGUUGUGUUCCUUCAUACCUCAUUAAGUAGAGAUCGGCAUGAAAAAAAAAAAGCCGACUGGUGCACGGAACAAGGUUUUUAAGAAGGACAGCAUUCAAGUCAGGCAUUUUGUCCCUGAAUUGUAAACUCAGUUCUUUUCGGAUGUUGUUAUUCUUGGAAAGAGUGGCACAUCAAACAAUGCAGUAUCGGUCCCGUGUUGAUAUUCCCGCUUUCCCGGGGACACCAUAUGACAAAAGAAAAAAAAAGUGCGGAAAAUUUUGUUUAUUGAUAUUGUCCCUUCAUGAUUCAAUGUCCAAGUUGCCUUUCUUUAUGAUUUCGUUUGGAUUCUGGACACGGGAGCUUUUUGUACCAGCUGAUAUUUGUGCUGUGCGCUGCGCCUUCUGGCGACAGCUGGAGGCAUAACAUCUGGUUGGAGAAAAAAGGGGUGGGAGUGCGGUGUGUGGGAGAAGUGUUGAAAAUUGAAGUAAAGCCAAGGUUCUUUUUUAUUUUUUUUUGUACAUUUGUCCGAUUAUUUCCACAUGUCUUCUGGGGUUUAUAUUAAACUUAAGUAACGUAAUUGCCGUGUCUUUUAUGCCACCCAUGACUAAAACGGAAUGCUCAGGUCUUAUUGAAAUGUUACUGGUGAGUAAGAACACUAUCAUGAUAAAUUCAAUGUUUU